AUGACGACACACAGAUGGCACACCAGCGGCAAACACCCCAAGGGCUUCACGCCCCCGUCGGCAGACGAUCUGGAAGAGCUGCGGGAGCGCGUGCAGGAUUUCACGCGCCGCGAGGUGACGGAGGAGGUAGCCUCCCGCACGGACAAGAGCAACGCCUUCCCGUCGGACAUGUGGCGCAAGCUGGGGGCCGCCGGGCUGCUGGGCAUCACGGCGGACGAGGAGGUGGGCGGGCUGGCGAUGGGGUACCAGGCGCACUGCGUGGUGAUGGAGGAGCUGUCACGCGCGUCGGGGAGCAUAGGCCUCAGCUACGCGGCGCACUCGCAGCUGUGCAUCAACCAGGUGCAGCUGAACGGGACUCCCGACCAGAAGGAGCGGCACCUCCCCGGGCUGGUGUCGGGCGAGACGGUGGGGGCGCUGGCCAUGUCCGAGGCCGGGGCGGGCAGCGACGUGGUCGGCAUGCGGACCGUGGCCCGGAGGGUCAGGGGCGGGUACGAGAUCACCGGGUCCAAGAUGUGGAUCACCAACGGGCCCGACGCGGGCCUGACGGUGGUGUAUGCCAAGACGCGGCCGGACGCCGGGUCCAAGGGCAUAACGGCCUUCCUGGUCGACACCGGGGCCGCCCAGGGCUUCCGGUGCACCCGCAAGCUCGACAAGAUGGGCAUGCGCGGGAGCAACACGGGCGAGCUGUCCUUUGACGGCGUCUUCGUGCCGGACGGCGACGUGCUGGGCCCCGUGGACGGCGGCGUGCGCGUGCUCAUGCAGGGCCUGGACCUGGAGCGCCUGGUCCUCAGCGCCGGGCCGCUGGGCAUCAUGCAGGCCGCCCUCGACGUAGCGCUGCCCUUCAGCCACCAGCGUCGCCAGUUCGGCCAGCCCGUCGCCCACAACCAGCUGGUCCAGGGCCGUCUGGCAGACAUGUACACCCGCCUCAAGGCGUCAAAGGCGUACACCUACGCUACGGCCAGGGACGUCGACGAGAGGGGCCGCAUAGCUACGCGUGACUGUGCCGGGGCUAUCCUCUACGCUGCCGAGAGGGCUACCCAGUCGGCGCUCGACUGUAUACAGCUGCUGGGGGGGAUGGGCUAUGUCGAGGAGAUGCCGGCUUCCAGACUGCUCAGAGAUGCCAAACUGUACGAGAUUGGAGCGGGAACGUCCGAGAUUCGCCGGAUGGUCAUCGGGCGCGCGUUCAACAGAGAGUACGCGGAUGCAUAG